CAGGUCCCACCUGCCCGGGUCCCAGCGCGGGGGGCGAACGGUUCCGCCCGGCAUGGCCCGGCUCGCCGUCGCGCUCGCUUGCAUCAGCCUCCUGUGCCUGCAGCUCCCCGGCACGCUGGCCCGGAGCCGGGCGCGGCCACCCGCCAAGGACAGGAAGCCCCCAGCCAGGACCCCUCCCGGAGACCCUCAGCCCCAGCGGCCCGCCCCGCGCCCUGCAGUCGGGAAACCUCGGAAGGCACAUCCACAUCGGAGUGGCCACCUGACCCCCAGCACCGGACACCCUGCCCGGGGUAGUCCCCACCGUCACCGCCACCACAGCCCCUCGGCCCCCCGCCGUCCCCGAGCCCAGCUCCUGCGGGUGGGCUGUGUGCUGGGCACCUGCCAGGUCCAGAACCUCAGUCACCGUCUGUGGCAGCUCUUCGGGUCGGCCGGCCCUCGGGACUCAGUCCCGGUGGACCCCAGCAGCCCCCAUAGCUAUGGCUGAGG